AUGGGUUUCUUCUCAAGUCCGACAAAAAUCGUCGAUGAUUCGCCAGAACGAAACGAGUCUGUCGUUCAUGGCAGCCCUCUUGAGAACCACGAGAAGAGCCGCUGGGAACGAAGCUGGCCUACAAUCGCUUGCGGCGCCGGACUGUUUUCUGAUGGCUAUCUGAAUGGUGUCAUUGGCCAAGUCAAUACCAUCCUCAAAUCCCUCUACAAGGACCAAUACAGCCAUUCCUCUGCUCAAUCAAAUGUCAAUGCAAUCGCCUUUGCUGGUACCGUUGUUGGUCAACUGUUCUUCGGGUACACAAGCGAUCACUACUCGCGGAAAUGGAGUCUUAUGGCUUCGACGGUCGUAUUGUUCAUCUUCGCAGCUCUCAGCGCAGGAGCGUACGGAGGGGGGUCGAUCAACGGCAUGCUACAGGCGCUGACUGCGUGGCGCUUCUUGUUGGGUAUUGGCAUUGGAGGCGAAUACCCGGCAGGCAGUGUCGCCUGUGCUGAGAGCACAGGCGAGCUCAAAGAGGGCCAUCGAAAUCGCUGGUUUAUCAUGUUUACAAACGUGCAGAUCGACAUUGGGUUCGUUAUGUCGUCUUUUGUGCCGAUGAUCGUCGUCCUCGCUACAACCGAGAAUCAUUUACGAGCUGCGUGGCGCAUAUGCCUCGGGCUGGGUGUCAUCCCACCUUUGAGCCUGCUUUAUCUACGACUCAAGCUCAAUGAACCAGAAGAGUUUAAUCGCGAGUCUAUGAAGAAUACGCGCACCCCCUGGCUGCUAGUCUUGAAGUUCUAUUGGUUCCGUCUGGCCGUUGUGUCUCUAAUCUGGUUCAUCUACGACUUCUCUGCCUACAGUUUCAGCAUCUACUCCUCUGCCUGGAUCGACGUGAUUCUCGGCGAUGACACAACGAUCUGGAAAUCUUUCGGCUGGAACACCAUCGUCUACGUCUUUUACUUGCCUGGUGCUAUUGCAGGCGCUUUCAUCAGCGACUGGAUGGGGCCUAAAAUGGCUCUCGGCACUUUUGUCGCUGCGCAAGGAAUUGUAGGCUUCAUUAUGGCCGGCUGCUACGCCGAGCUUAAAACUUCCGCUCACAUCGCCGGUUUCGUCGUCGUCUACGGCGUCUUCUUGUCCCUUGGCGAAGCUGGACCUGGCGACAAUAUCGGUCUUGUAGCGUCAAAGACAUCAGCGACGGCGAUUCGAGGACAAUACUAUGCUAUUGCUGCUGCGAGUGGCAAGAUUGGCGCUUUCGUGGGCACCUACCUCUUCCCCAUCAUUCAAUCCAAUGCGCCUGGCGGUGAAGAUAGUGUGAGAGGAGGUCAAGAUCCGUUCUUUGUCUCAAGCAGCCUGUGCAUCUUUAGUGCUUUCCUAGCUUUCUUCCUCUUGCCAAAUAUUGGCCAAGAUACGAUCACAUCAGAGGAUUUGAAAUUCAGAGCCUAUUUGGAACAACAUGGUUGGGAUACGAGUCAGAUGGGGAGUAAAGAAUAUCAGGGCCGCAGCUCGAGUUCAGUCGAUCAGACGAUGGGGCAGAAGGCCGUUGAGGCUGAAGAAACGGUAUGA